AUGCUGGAAUGGAGUGUCCCUCCUAUCCCUCCCGUUAGAGCAUCCGCCUUGUGCGGGGCCAUAGAGCAGCAGGCGUGGAGGGGGGGACUGGAGCCGUGUGGGGAGCACGACUACACCCUCUCCCCCUCCGACCCUGCACACGUGAGCGGGCGGAUACCAGAGGCGCUGCAGGGCACGCUGUACCGCUGUGGGCCGGGGCGGAUUCGUGUGGGCAGGACCAAGUUCGGUCACUGGUUCGACGGCGAUGGCAUGGUCUACGCCUUGCAUCUGGACGGUCCAACCGGUACGGCAAGGUUUGUCUGCAAGUGGGUGCGCACAGCAGCCCUGGAGCAACGGGGUGGACCAGAGGUGCAGGCAGGGGAGGGGGACGAACGAGCGAAGGAUGGGGAGGGGGAGGUUGUGGAGAGGGGGAUACGGGUGAAGGGUGUUUGGACACAAGCCACUGCUGGAGGGCCGCUCAAGAACGUUGGGCCGCCAUCUAACCCCGUCAACACCAAGUGA